CGACAUCCUGUCGACGAAGAAAACGGUUGUAUUGAAAACCGAGACGAGGAACAGAGCAGAGGGUUGAAACUCGCCGGCAAGCAGGCUAAGCUCCAACGGCAAAACCCUCCCAGACAACAAGAAGAAAUUGGAGACAACAUUUUGAAUACAGUUUCUGAGCCAGUAGAUUUUACUGUUAACCGGGACACCGCAGAUAAGUAGCGCAGAUGGACACCAGAACCAACACUGAAGAUAAAUCUGUCCAGCGAUCGAAGUCUUUCAGCUUUAAGACCCAAAAGGAAGUGUGUGCAACAUGUGAGAAGACAGUCUACCCAAUGGAGAGAUUGGUUGCCAACAACCUGGUUUUCCAUUCAGCGUGCUUCUGCUGCAAGCACUGCAAAACCAAGCUGAGCCUCGGCUCCUUCGCAGCUCUUCAGGGCGAGUUUUACUGCAAGCCCCACUUCCAGCAGCUUUUCAAAAGCAAAGGCAACUACGACGAGGGUUUCGGACGCAAGCAGCACAAAGAGCUCUGGGCUUCCAAGGAGUCGGACACCAUCACAAAGUCGCCAUGAUCACACCUGCCUUUUUCUUUUAUUUUUUUGUCCUGUUGAACACCUCCAGCAUGUUUUGCGAUGAACACAUGCCUCAUUAUGCUGGGGCGCAGUUAAUUCGACCACGCGCUUUUUU